AUGUUGAUGUCUAGGGCGUUGUCACGUGUCUCAAGGAGCGCUGGUGCGCGCUCCUUGCUUCUCUCAGCUACCAAGAGCCUUCAAAUGCCAAGCUUUUCCACUCAGUUUCACUCUCUUAUCUGUGACUAUCCAAAUAAGGUGAUUACAAAUGAUGAACAUGAGAGUACUGUAGAGAAUAAUGGUGAAGAUCCUGCAAAGGCAAGUGGGAUUACGAAUCCUGGAGAGACCGAAGUUACAAAAGAAUCAGCUCUUAACACGGAGUCGCAAAAUACAGUGCCUCAGUCUGAAAAAGGGAAGAGGAGAGCCACUAAACGAACUGCAUUUUCUGAUUCGGAUUCCGAGAGCGAUGGUGACCUAUCAAUGGUUGAGAUGGUGAAACUUGUGGAGGAAAAAGAAGAGCUCCUGAAUACCAAGCAAAAGGAGAUUGAACAAAUGAAGGACAAAGUGGUUCGAACUCUUGCAGAAAUGGAGAAUGUUAUUGCCAGGACAAGACGGGAAGCGGAGAACUCGAAAAAAUUUGCCAUACAGGUAGUGUUGGCGAAUCAAUAA